CCGGCCUCGGGCUCCCUCCGCCGGUCUUGAGAACAAAGCUGUUAAUGGAAAAAUUAAUGUGUAAGUACAGAAUAAGAAGAGCAAUCUGAUCUUUGAGAGAUGGCAGGAUUCCUAGACAACUUCCGCUGGCCAGAAUGUGAGUGUAUUGACUGGAGUGAAAGAAGAAAUACUAUUGCUUCAAUAGUUGCUGGUGUAUUGUUUUUCACAGGCUGGUGGAUAAUGAUAGAUGCUGCAGUAGUUUACCCUAAGCCAGAACAAAUGAACCAUGCGUUCCAUACUUGUGGGGUGUUUUCAACGCUAGCUUUUUUCAUGAUAAAUGCUGUAUCAAAUGCACAGGUGAGAGGAGACAGCUACAGUGAUGGAUGUUUAGGAAGAACAGGUGCUCGUGUCUGGCUCUUCAUUGGCUUUAUGCUGAUGUUUGGUUCACUUAUUGCUUCAAUGUGGAUUCUUUUUGGAGCAUAUGUAACACAGAACACUAAUGUUUACCCUGGAUUAGCAGUGUUUUUCCAGAACGCGUUGAUAUUUUUCAGUACCCUGAUCUACAAGUUUGGAAGAACAGAAGAGUUAUGGGCAUGAGUUACUGCCUAUGGCAUUUCUAUUCCACAGUUGCUAUGUCGUACUAUGUAUGUAGAUAUAUUUACAUUUAUUUGUUCUUGGUUUGCUUUCUAAAUUGAAUGAACUGAGGCAAAUUACAGUUUCUGUAAUAAGCUCCCUCUUUUCACAGGACAGAUAUGUGAAUAUGUACAUAUGACUGUAUAUAUCUUAAAAAGGGAACAUCAGGCUUUCCUUCUGAAACCUUCAGGCUUAUUUAUUCAGAUACAGGGGUUUCUGUCAACCCCUGAGGCUUGAUCUUCCACACCUUCAUGUGUGUUAGAGACUUCAGGGGAACCAUUAGUGAACAAGCAGGAUAAAGGCUGUACCCUGUGAAAGGGGUGAUUACUUUUAUGUAUGGGGGAGCUCAAAGCCAAUUCUGCAAGGGCUGCGGGUGUAAUGUGAAGGAGUAGCCAGCGCAUGGAAGUGACACAGCUGAGCCUGCUUUUAAUGAGAGGAAAUUCUGUUGUAUGCUGAGAUAAAAGCUGAUUUUAAGAAUUUUAUAUAACUGUUCAGAAAAAUACAAAGUAGCUAUUUUUUUGUAAAAGGUUAUGAAUUUUUAAACCAGGCCCUCCAUCAAGCAGGUUCCGCAUGGCAAAUGAAAAUGUUCUUGACUUCUGAUUGCUAUAGCACAAACAACAUUUGGUAGCACCACAGCCCUGGGAAUUAAUUUCAUGCUGUUUUGUGUAAUAAAUACAAAUUAGUAUUUAAUGUAUUUACUGGUAUUGGAAUAAAAACCACCACCCUGAUGCCAGUCCUACUUAAAGACUAU